AUGAGUCAACUGGAAAGAUUAGAAAGAUUGGAACAAUCUAUUACAUUGGCAUUAUACGAAAUUGAUGCCAAUUUCGCGAAAUGCAAUCGAACAGUGUCAACUCGGAUUCUUCCAGUCGUCGAGAACUACGCAAAAAGCUGCAAUAAUAUAUGGGAGUCAUCAAAGUUUUGGAAGCAAUUCUUUGAAGCAAGCGCAAGUGUCUCUCUUUCUGGAGUUGAAGAACCAGUUCAAGGGCAAGAGAAGCAAAAAGAAGACUUUGUUCCCUCUGAUUUAAAAUAUAUGAGCAGUACGGAUCCCAAAAUUGAGGAAAACGAGGAUACCACAGAGAUGUUUUACCAAAACGUUCCUUCUUCUUUUAGACAAGAGGCGUUUGAACCAAAAGAAGUCAAGGAUGAACAAGUUACUCAGUCUACUCCUAAGAAAGACACAACCUUUGAAAAUCUCUCAUUGGAAAAUGCAUCGCUAACGCCGAUACCUGCACGCUUGCAAACACCAGCUAGAAAGAUCAAUACUGCCAAUCCUCAGCACACUGGACGUAGUGCUCUAUUGCAUAGAGUACUGGAUACAAACUGGCACGUCCAAGUAACUCCCCACGAAAGGAAGAAAUACGAAGACAUGGACAUUGAUUCUUCUCCGUUAAUGUCUCCUUCCCCAAUUGCCAUGAAAAUGGAAACGAUUUCAACGCCUGGAGAAAAAGCAUCAAAAUCGGCUUUGUCUAUGUUUUCAGAAUUCGAACAUGAAAGCAACGAUAGUCUUAUGCCAAAUGGAAUGUCACCUCCAAAAACAAUUCAGUUUAGUCCCCAUUCUUUAGGUGAUUCAUUCCAUCCAACAGAUGGUGAGCGAAGUCUUUCCUUACAAAGGAAAUUCGAUGCCUUAAACGAUUCCAAUGAAAAUAUGGUAAAAGAGGAAAGUUGGGAACUUUAG